CCCCGCAUCCAGCUGUCUACACAAUCGCUCCAAAACAGGAUAAGACAGCCCUCAAAUGUUACGUAUUGCAAUGAUCUUUCAUAGCGUCGAUUUUGGUCAUCGUCUCCCCGUCGCUGAAAUGACUCAGUCGUCACCGUCGGAUUUCCUCACAUGUACACCCCAGAUCCAUUGCAUCGACAGCGAUUUGAAGCGCUUCAGCUCAAUUCAUGAAGUGUCGAGAGUGAAAUGGCAGAUGUGGCCCGUGUGCGUACCCUUAUAUAAACCAUCUCACUGUGCGCAAGUCACACACACACCCCAAUCCAAAAUUCUCGCGAUUGACUCACACGGAUAUGAGCGUCAAUGUCGCCCUGUCAGAAAAUACCAUGGCCUCAAAAGCGACCGCCAAAGCCAGCCAUGUAUCUCUCACCGCCGAGCUCCUCGUGCUGACUUACGAAGCCUAAUCUGGAGGUUGAAAUUCCGAGGUCACGUGGCCUUGGAUCAAAAGUGCCAAAUCGCUACGGAACUUUCCAAUCUGGCUUCUCCCACGCUAAUAACUCAGCCUAGUCAUUGGGCCCCUCGGCUCACCAUGGAAUUGGAGCUUAUCAAGUUAUUCUGACUGGCAAGCCUUGACCCCGACUACGUCGAUUCGAGUAUAACAUUGCCACGAAAGCCAUCAGCUAGGGCGAUAUUUUGGGAUCGAUUCGCGAGGUAAAGCUUUUGUCACAAAUGGA